CUCUCUCUCUUUUUGGCCAAAGUGUGUACGGAUUAUUAGACAUUCGAUUUCAACCGGCUAAUAAAUUUUUUUUUUUUAAUUUUGUUGAAUUUUUUUCAUUUUUUUUGCAUCAAAUUUCAUCAUUUUUUUUUAUCUGGAAUCGAAAAAAAUUUGUAAAGUUUUCUUUCUUUGGUUUUUUGGUUCAAUUUGAUCCGCAUUGUUUGCUGAUUUCAACGAAUUAAUCAUUAGGAUUCUCAGAUUUUGAAUUUUAUUUAUUUUUUUAAAUUGAUAAACAAGAAUCAUCCGGAUUAAGAUGCAAGGCCAACCACAAGAACAGGAUGUGCCAUCAUUUAAGUGUUUACUUGUUGGUGAUGGUGGUACCGGAAAAACAACAUUUGUCAAACGACAUUUGACUGGUGAAUUUGAAAAAAAAUAUGUUGCUACACUUGGUGUUGAAGUACAUCCAUUAGUAUUUCAUACUAAUCGUGGUCCAAUUAAGUUUAAUGUUUGGGAUACAGCUGGACAGGAAAAAUUCGGUGGUCUACGUGAUGGUUAUUACAUUAAAGGUGAAUGCGCUAUAAUUAUGUUUGAUGUUGCAUCACGUGUUACAUAUAAAAAUGUUCCAAAUUGGCAUCGUGAUCUUGUACGUGUUUGUGAAAAUAUUCCAAUCGUUUUAUGUGGUAACAAAGUGGAUAUAAAAGAUCGUAAAGUAAAGGCAAAAUCUAUAGUAUUUCAUCGUAAAAAAAAUUUGCAGUACUAUGACAUUUCAGCCAAAUCAAAUUAUAAUUUUGAAAAACCAUUUUUAUGGUUAGCAAGAAAAUUAGUUGGUGAUCCAAAUCUAGAAUUUGUUGCUAUGCCUGCAUUAGCACCACCUGAAGUACGAAUGGAUGAAGAAUGGCAACGUAAAUUGGAAGAUGAUAUGCUCAAAGCACAGAAUACUGCUCUACCAGAUGAUGAUGAUGAAGAUUUGUAGGAUCAAUUAUAAUUUGAAAAA